AUGCAUCUGUCGAGUGAAGUGAGUUCGACGACUAAUGGACUCGGACAUGAAGCGCCGUCUUCGAGUUACGGUGGUAGUGGUCUACCCAGUCAGCCGCUGACAGCUGAGCUGCUUGCUGAGAGGACUUUGGAAGGACUCCUUGCAGACCAUCCUGGCGAACUUGUUAAGACUGGCAGUCCACAUGUUGUGUGUACAGUUCUACCACCGCACUGGCGGUCGAACAAGACGCUACCGGUUGCAUUCAAAGUGGUUGCGUUAGGCGAUGUGGGCGACGGGACGCUGGUCACUGUUCGCGCCGGCAACGACGAGAACUGCUCCGCUGAACUUAGGAAUUGCACCGCCGUCAUGAAGAACCAAGUCGCGAAAUUCAAUGACCUCAGAUUUGUAGGCAGGAGUGGCAGAGGGAAAUCAUUUACGUUGACCAUAAUGCUGGCAACAUCACCGCCUCAAGUGGCUACGUACCAGAAGGCGAUCAAGGUGACAGUGGACGGGCCGCGUGAGCCCCGCUCUAAGACUAGGCACCACGGCUUCCACCCCUUCCAUUUCGGACCUAGGUUCGCUCCAGAUCCGCUAAUGGGAUCUCUACCAUUCAAAUUAUCAGGCAUAGCACAUCAGCUAGCAGGUCUGCCGGGCGGCGAGUGGGGGGCGCUCUCUAGACACUACCCACCGCCCAUGCUACCUUCACACGCGCACUUUACCCCGCACGUGCUGCCAGCUGCGCAUACGCAACAUCCGCACGUCCCUCCGCCGCCUCACGAGACGGAGGUAGCAUCAGAGACGCCCACCACUAUGAACGCCCACAGCACGACCAGUCCCGCAACUUCGCGGCCCGGCUCGCGUCCCUGCUCACCGCAGGACGACGACAUCUCCGUCACCGCGUCCGAUAGCCCCCCGCCCGACGACCGCCCCGGUGCCUUUACUUCCGUCAGGACGCGCAAGCCGUUGCAGCCCCUCCCUGCGCCAUCCAGCCUCUUCCAUAGUGCACUCGCCGCUCAGCUCUUCCUAAACUCACCCCUCCUUCCCGCCCCGCCUGCAUGGCUCUACUCACAACUCUACGGUGGAUACGACUGGUGGCUAAGACCACCUCCUGUACAGGAAGAUUCAGGAUCCAGCCCAGACAGAGAAGAUGAGGGCAGUUCCUCGAUUUCAGGAGUAGCGAAGAAAAGACCAGCAUCGCCGGAAUGGCCCGACCAGGGCGUCAGAACGCGUAGCAAGUCAAUGAUAACGCCGGAGAGACGUCCUAUAGACGUCUGGCGUCCGUAUUAG